CAUAAUUCUCAGCUCGCCUACGAUGGGCUUCCUAGAUCGUCGAAAAUUCGCAUUCGCUUAUUCUGACCAGGACUGAAAGGACAUAUUAGAAGCCCGCCGUAGGCGAGCUGACGAUUACCUUCUUGAUCGGGGCAGCUGAGGAGACAACGAAUGUCCGGUUAGCAAAAAUGGAGCUCUCCUGCUCCGAUCCAACAAAAUAGCCUCAGAUACUCACUCCACCACAAUCUCAUUAUCUAGAUACGCCCUUCCAUCAAUUACCAGGCCUCGCCACUACUCUCCAGGACAUCUCCAAACAGUCCAAAAUUCGUUUACACCACAUCAAACAAGAAUCAUGUUGCAUUCAGGCUUCAUCAUUUUGUUGGCAUCGAUCAUGAUGCCGGCCUCCUUCGCAUCAGCGCAGAACUCGAGCGCAGACCCAGUCUGCGACAAAAACGUUCUACCCGACGUGAUCGACUCGACACUCGGAAAGCAAGGCGAGGUCUGCGGUUUCCCACUUGCAGUGCACCUCAACUUCACCCAAUGCUGUGCCCAAAACCAACCAAUAUACUACACAGGUCCAUGCACGCAAUACUGCUUGGCGGACAAGAAUCAAACAGCUGAUUUUUCGGACUGUGUUGGCCAUAUUGCGUACCGUCAAAAUUUUACGCUUGGGAUUUCUGGCUGUCAGAAAAGCGGCGCCAUGAGAAGUCGUAAAGGGACUUGGGGAGGGGUGUCUCUGGGGUUGGGAGUUGCAGUUGUGGGAUUUGCUUCGAUGUGAGGGUUUUGCAUUUUACGACGGCUGGCUUUGAACAAGAGUUUAUGAUAGGGCAUGAGCUCGAGCAUUAUUCAACUUUAUGUCGUGCCAGACUUCCAACCACUUUGAUCGAUGUUUUAUCUGUUUGGAUAAAUUGAAUUGACGUGGUCUGUCCAUGGUACACUACCACAACAGAAAAUUGAUUGUGCUCGUGCUUCAAUUUUUAAAGUCUCUUGUUUGUGUGUCAUCCGCACGACAAGACUAGAACAUGUC